GCUUUGAGUAGUUUUCUGAUAGCCUAUGUCUCAUUCUGCUCACUUUAUUCACAGGAAUGAUCCCUCAAACUCAGUGGUAGGCUGCUCAUAUUAAAACAGCAGGCAAGAUUUGUUCCACUGUAUUGCUUUAUGCAGGACAACAUUGCAAUCCGCGGUUAUCAUGCAAGGUAACAACGUGACAAAGCAAGAUGUAACAUAAAACAAAAAUCCAUCAGGUAGAAUACCAGCUACCCUGUCUGAGUUUGGGCACAUUUAUUAAAUGGUCAAGUGUUUGAUAACAGAGGAGUGGAAUGGAAUUAUUUUUUUGCACAUCUUUUGAACAGAUUAAAUUUACAACAGACUCCCAUGUGUGUGGUGGGAUUACACAACAUUAUAGUGAGAGGAUGCAAUAACUAUGUUACAAGGAUCUAGGACCUCAUCCUGCAAAGACCUGUGCACCAUGCAAGAUGAAUAGUUUCACUGAAGUCAACAGGGCUACUCACAGUGGAUAAAGUUAAGCAUGUGCAUAUCUCUUCUCAGGACUGGGAUCACAGAAUGCAGCCUGGAGAAAAACUACACCAGACAUUCUAUUUAAGCAAAUUCUUAAAAAGAAAAAGGACUAAAAUAAGAAUUAAAAAGUCUCAAAAGCUUUGUUUCAUUGUGGUUGAGCUAUGUCAUAUCUAAAAUCCCAAAUGGCCUGCAGGACAAAGUUUUCUCUCAUGUUUAAUACACUCUAGUUUAUAUAUUUAAAGAUAGAUUCACUUGUGAACUCAUCCCAGAAGUCUACUGUUUUCCCAGACAGAUAAUGAUCAGUUUUGCAUUAUCCUUUGGACUAGACUCCCUCUUUGCCCCUGGUGGGGAGAAGAUGUCAGAAAGGUAAUUUUGUAAACCAACCCCAACCUUUUCUCCUCCCUCCUUACAUGACAAAUAUUUUUCUAAAAGAAUUACAGCUUUGCCUCAGCUGAAAGAACAGCUGAGCUACACAUCUAAUACGGGACUUCGUCCUAAAUGAAUAUUUGCAGCCCAGGCUUAAAUUCAGCUGGAGCUGUGUGGAGUGGAGCGCCAGACAGUAUUUUCAAACCCACGGGGCAGAGGCCUGGGGCUCCAUGAAAUACUCUGUGAGAACUUAAGCCCUGCUUGUACCAAACAUUUUUCUAAGAUCCUAUAAUCUUGUGGGGGGGUUUUCAAGCUUUCAAGAAGGUUGUGGUAUUGCUUCCUUCCCAGUUACACACAGCAGUCAUAAAGUUAAACAAAAUGAAAACUUAAUUAUAAUAAUAUACAAACCAAAAAGGAUAUAGAUUUCUGUUUAUGACAGAGUAUUCAUAUGUCCCAUAUAGACUUUCCCUCUCCUCCACUAGACAACCAAAUUUCUAUCUUUACUAGCAACCCUAAUCUAAUAGGCAUUGAUCUCACUUAAUUUUGCCCAUGUCUUUUCCAUUUCUUACUGUCCUUUUACAGUUUAAAUAGUUGGACUUCUGUCUCACUCUACUUUUCUGAGCUUUACAAACCAGAGUGGUGUGAAAUCUUCAUGAGAAAACUUAAACCCAGGAAAAACUCACUUGGCUUUAUUUCAAACUUGAAACUCAGACUAGGUUAAUCAAAAUAGUAACUAAGUUGCAUGUACCUCCAUGGUGAAAUCUGGGCCCAGUUUUGAGCCAGCACAGGACUAUUUACAAAUUUGCAUUGAAAUAAUGCCAGGCUGAUGUUGUAAUUGCCCCCAGUGUCGACAGGAAUGUUCCGAUCAUGUUAAGAAAAAGGCCAAUAAUGCGAAAAUAUUCGUCUGGAAGAAAUGAAACAGUAACAAGAGAAAAGCAAGGAGGCUGUUUGUCUUAGAUGCUUUGCUUAUGCUCUACAGUACAAUUUCCAGCACAAGCAUUGUGUGGUCCAGUAAUUGUUGGUACACAUACCACCCCAAGUCAGCUGAGUCCCUAGACUGGUCAACAAACACAUGUUUUAUACCUGAGGUUCAGCCACAUUGCUUUUUAAAUUAAGCUUCUCCAGAUAAUAUUGUAGUUUAUGGCUUCAUGAAAUAAAUUACGCAGCUCCCAUAAACAUAAAGCAUAAAACAAAAAUCCAUCAGGUAGAAUACCAACCAACCCGUCUGAGUUUGGGCACAUUUAUUAAAUGGUCAAGCGUUUGAUAACAGAGGAGUGGAAUGGAAUUAUUUUUUUGCACAUCUUUUGAACAGAUUAAAUUUACAACAGACUCCCAUGUGUGCGAUGGGAUUAUACAACAUUAUAGUGAGAGGAUGCAAUAACUAUGUUACAAGGAUCUAGGACCUCAUCCUGCAAAGACCUGUGCACCAUGCAAGAUCAAUAGUUUCAUUGAAGUCAACAGGUAGGUAAUCCUUUCUCCAGUGAACAUUCCCAUUAACUUGCAUAGGGGUACUUGCAUGAAUAAAGACUACACAGGUUUAUUCAGGAAAGAACCCUGUAUUUUUGUAUUAUUUCAGAGAUUAGAGGCUAUGCAUCAACAGCCCAUGCUGGUUUUGGGAUUGGAUACUGCACCAGAAAUCAAACCCAGGUCUCCUGCCCAUCACUGCAGAGUUUUGCAAAUAGGUGGCUGAAAUGACUGUGAUUGAGAAAGUGAAAGAGACAGCAGCCAGAUCAUCAGCUGAUGUAAAUCAGUGUUGUCUGUUGUCACCAGCAGAGCGUUGCUGAUUGAGGACCUGGUCCACAAAAUGUGCAGUUUGUUUGCAUCUACUUAUAAAACUUGUAAAAUAAAGUGAUUAGUGUGGUAUUUGCUUUAAGAGCAUUCACAUAUUUGUACUAAGGACCAGAGAUACUUUAUACAAUAAUAUGAUGUACAUGUCUUAAGCGUGUAUACAUCCUCUGAUUGUAUACUAAUUUUAUAGCAUUUACAUUUGAUACAUGUGUUCAGAUUUCUGAUUCAUUUUAUAAUCUGUUUCUUCCCAGUCCAUUUAUAUUGUUCCAGACUGAGAACACUAAAGAAGGUGAAGAAUAUCAUUAUACUUCUUUGCAGUCUGGCAGUAGCCUGGGCUACUCCAUUAAGUCUCUUAAAAAUCUUCCUUAGUGGGGACUACAUAAUCAAUCCCUUACCCAUACUGGCGAGCAAUUACUCCCAUGAAUAGUCCCACUGAAGCCACAGGGAACCGUCUGAGUAAGUAACUGGUUGCUGUUGUAGGUAAGGGUUCCAUAUCUGGCCCCAAAAGUUGGAAAAUCAAACAAACUUCCUCUUUACCUCUUAUUGAUCACUUUUAUUUUUAUUCCCUUUGAUUCACAUAAGAACCUUUGUCUUCUUUUUAAAAGAUACAUCGAGGUGAAAAGGAGAAUGACAGCAUUGCUGGAGAACACCAAGCGAGCUAUGCGAUUCCCCCCGCCUUCCCCGUGGCUUAACUCCACACCUAGGGCGGAGAUGCUGUUGACAUACAUGGGUAUUUGCAUUCUCCAGAAAAGCUAGAAGUGACACAACAGGAGCCCGAUAAUGAAAGCACCAAUGACAGCAACAGGAAUGAAGUUACUGUGGAUGGAGGCAACACUGGUGAUGGAAUGGUAAAGUGAAGGUGGUGACACUGGAAGUGGAAAUGGCAGCGCUAAAGGUGGAAUUAAUCAUGUGACUGGCAAUCCAAAUGCAAACAGCCAGCAGAGUGAACCCAGAGGUACCGAUGAGAAGUCUGGCAACAUCAGCAGUGAAGACCGUGAUGAAAUGCAUGAUUCUAAUGAACUCAUACAAGGGGAUGGCCCCACUGACAGCAAUGAAUCUGAUGGCUCUGUCAGUCCUGAGAAAGGAUGAUGAUUCAAACCCUGACAGUGAGAUCAAGUGCAGCGGCCAGCAAGAGGAUACCAGUGAGUCCAAGGAAUCAGGCGGCGAGGACCAUGAAAGCACAUCAUUCAGCGAUACCGAGGAUUCAGACAGGGACAAUGACCGCAGUGAGAGUGACAGCGAGAGCAGCAGUGACGAUGACCCCAAAUCAGACAGUAGUGACAGCGAGAGCGAUACCUGUAGUGACAACAAAUCAGAAGGCAGCAACUGUGAUCGCACUAGUGACAGUGAUGGCAAAUCAGACAGCACUGAUAGCACUAGUGACAGUGAAUCAGGUGGCAGUGAAGGUGACAGCAAGUCCGAUAGGAGUGAGCUUGCACCUAAUAGUAAUGACAGUAGUGGUGACAACAGUGGCAAUUCACCCCAUACAGAACUCCCAACGGACCGCCAAUCUGAGGAAAAUGACAGUGAUGGUAGCGCAAAGUUAGAAGACAAAGACGGUAAGAGCGAAAGCCAAUCACAAAGUCUGCUGCAGUUUCCACGGUAAACAUCUGAUGAAGUGAGCUGUAGCUCACGAAAGCUCAUGCUCAAAUAAAUUGGUUAGUCUCUAAGGUGCCACAAGUACUCCUUUUCUUUUUUUAAAGUGAAGGCAGUAAUAGCAAGGACUCAGCGUGUGAUGAUUAGAACUGGGGAAAUGAAAAUCCGUAGUGACAUUGACACUAAUUUAGAGCAAAUGGAAUUUGUGUAGGUGGGAAGGGAAAAAGGACUUAAACAAAAACACCAAUAGUACCUAGACAUUAUCUGAACUGUAAUCAAAGAUACUAAGCAACCUUAGAGCAAGGCUAGAGGAAAAAUGUAUUCCCUCAGUGCCGUCCAAUUCCAGUCAAUAAAUGAAAAUAAAUACUGAAUGCAUAUGUUAAAGUAACGUUUUCAGUUGCUAUAAUUUUAUUAAAUUGUACAUCACGUUCAAAUGAAAACUAGUGAGUGUUUGAAACUGUGGGAUGAUUUAGCAUCAGAAUGUAUCAGUAAGUUAUAAUACUUGAAGAUUUAUAAGUUGUCCCUCAAUGUAGGACAAACCACAAAUUGUGGGUAACAUUAUUAUUAAACAUGUGUAUUGCUAAUAUAUAGAUCUCACACACACACACGCACACACACCCUCUUUCCAUGUGAUAUUCCUGUAUGCUGCUGGUAAACCCACAUUCUCCAUUUAAUGACAGUUGUAUGUAACUUUCCCUCUCUUUUAAUCCAAUCAUUUCAAAAUCGUAUUUUUAGAAGAUGAAAUAGGUAAUCUGUAAAAUAAAGAUUUUUUUAAAAUGUAGUCUAUUUGCCUUCUUAUUGGGAAGGAGUCUUGGUUUUACUGGCAGUGUUAAAAGAAUGGC